AUGCAGCCCUUCCAAGAGAAACGCGACAGGCUCAGCACCCUCAAGGGCCCGGAGUACUUCCAACUCCUAGCCGAGAUCCGCCAGGACGACAAAUGGUACAAGAAACUGCGGGAGGUAGUGGCCAGCAACCUGAGCGACCGCGACAGCGACAGCAAACUCGCCCGCAUCUGCACGGUCCCGGCGGAACGUCUCAGCCCUUUGAAGCACAUCCUCGACCCGGCGGUGCUAUCCAGCGUGGUCCCCUACGAGUACGGCGGCCGGGCCGUGGAUGUCGAGAUCGCGGGCUGGGCGGUCUUCGAGGCGACGGGGCUCGCCAUCUCGGGCCGCGUGUACGGGGUCCCCGGCGUCUGGGGCAUCGAUCAGGACUUCCUGUCCGACGGGCGCCGGUGCUGGAGCGUGAUGGUGUUCCAGGGCACCGAGCUGGACCUGGAGCAAUUCCCAGAAGUACUGCGCGACGCAGAUUGGUUUAUCAUCCCUACAGGGGCCGCUCAGCGCAAAGAGUUCUCCCGUUCCCCCAGCUCCGAGCCAAAAGCGCCGGGUCCCAGCAUCCCCAUCGACACCAGGAAAGAGCCCUAG